CCGAGCGGAGCGGAGCCGAGCGGAGCGGUGGGCGCUGGCGGCUCUCCCCGCUGCUCCGGGCACGCAGCAGAGCCAAAGAAAGAUGACAUCUCAGCUCCUGUGAGCCAGCAGUGCCCAGGGACCAGCAGAGCCAUGGAGUUGGAGUACGAGCUGCCCAAUGCCACCGCAUUCUGGUUCUCCCCAGCUUCCCCCUUCGACAACUUCUCUGUGGAGGCACCCUCGAACGCAUCGCAGAACGCCACGGGCCAGCACUUUGACCUGACCAGCAACGCCAUCCUCACCUUCAUCUACUUCAUGGUCUGCAUCAUAGGGCUGUGCGGCAACACACUGGUGAUAUAUGUCAUCCUUCGUUAUGCCAAGAUGAAAACCAUCACCAACAUCUAUAUCCUCAACCUGGCCAUUGCAGACGAGCUGUUCAUGCUUGGCCUGCCCUUCCUGGCCAUGCAGGUUGCCCUGGUACACUGGCCCUUUGGCAAAGCCAUCUGCAGAAUCGUCAUGACAGUGGAUGGGAUCAACCAGUUCACCAGUAUCUUCUGCUUGACUGUUAUGAGCGUUGACCGGUACCUGGCUGUCGUCCAUCCCAUUAAAUCUGCCAAGUGGAGGCGGCCCAGGACAGCCAAAAUGAUCAAUGUAGCCGUUUGGGGCGUCUCCCUGUUGGUGAUCAUGCCCAUCAUGAUUUAUGCUGGGGUCCAGAAUAAUCAUGGCAGGAGUAGCUGCACCAUCAUCUGGCCGGGAGAAUCAGGUGCCUGGUACACAGGCUUCAUCAUCUAUGCCUUCAUCCUGGGUUUCCUGGUGCCUCUCACAAUUAUCUGCCUUUGCUACUUGUUCAUCAUUAUCAAAGUCAAGUCCUCGGGCAUCAGAGUGGGCUCUUCCAAGAGGAAAAAGUCUGAGAAGAAAGUUACCAGAAUGGUCUCCAUCGUGGUUGCUGUCUUCAUCUUCUGCUGGCUCCCCUUCUACAUAUUCAAUGUCUCUUCAGUAUCCAUCCUGAUCGUGCCCACACCUGUCCUCAAGGGAAUGUUCGACUUUGUGGUUGUCCUUAGUUACGCCAACAGCUGUGCCAACCCCAUCCUUUAUGCCUUCCUGUCCGACAACUUCAAGAAGAGCUUUCAGAAUGUCCUCUGCCUGGUCAAGGUCAGUGGCAUGGAUGAGGCAGAUCGGAGCGACAGCAAGCAGGACAAAUCCAGGCUCAAUGAGACCACAGAAACCCAAAGGACCCUGCUCAAUGGUGACCUGCAGACGAGCAUCUGAGAGGAUAGCGGGGUUGUCCUUCCUUCGCUCUCCUCUCACCACCUGCUCCCAACUGGCAGUGACAUGUAUGGAGUCGGGGCAGGAGUGCCAGUUUAGGGGAUGGCGGUGCGGACACAGAUGGGUGGUGAGGGUCCUUGGCUGGGCUCCUCCGGAACUGCUGGCAGGUUGGCUUUCAAGUGCUGAGAAGGAUACGGAUCAAGAGAUGCUGCCUCACCAGAAAGACAAAGACAACUUGUAGCAAUGCAGUGCAUUUUAAACACCAAAGUGCUACCAUGGGCCACAGCCAUCGCUGAGAUGGCUUUGCUGGUGUCACCCUGGGGGCUAGUUGGCUUUGGGUGCUCUGCCCCAGAACGGAUGCUUGCACAUGGACACACACAGAGCGAGGUGACCUCAGGAGGAACCAAGGCCACAGGCAUGUGCCAACACAUGUGCCAUUAUGGAGAUGCACCGCCUUAUAGCAGAAACCUGGUGGGAGCUCCCUGGAGAGUCCGAGCACACUCCCACAGCCACCUUCCCCGAGGAGACAAGGAUAUUUGGGGCUGCGUUUUGCCCAGCUUAUGAGUUACUCCAUCACCUCCCUGCUGCCAUUUGACUGCAUCAGCUGCAAAAGCUGUCCUGCCCAGAGGUUGCACACCGGGAUGGAGGCGUCCAUCCUGCGGGAAGCAGCUCUGUCACCUCUGCAGCUCUGUCACCUCUGCAGCUCCUCUGGUUCCACCAUGCUACUACCCUGCCUGCUCCAGCCCCACCAUCUCCCACUGCAGGAGACCCCAUUCCCUUCUCCUGCUAUGACGUCACCUGCCCACAGGUUUUCUCCUCGGAUGAAGGAUUUCUCCAGUAGCCGCAUCUGCUCCGUGGUCAGUUCCAGGCUGUGCCGGCAGCUGAGACCGCUGCUGUCCCCAGCGAGCUGUGGCCAGGCUGGUUGAGCAGCCACAGCACCAUCACCUGGCACCAGUCUCUGGUGGGAAAUCCUUGGAAGCAUUUAAAGAGCAGAAAAACACUGUAGGGGGUUGGAGCACCCUGACACCAGCUGCAGCACAUCCCACUGCCAAUGGCUCCCACACCUGGGUGACACCUGGGCUUAUUCUGCCCUGGCCACAGCUCUGAGGAUCGCUGGGGCUGCUGGCCCCACGGUGCACAGGGAGCGAGCAUCGCCCGGUGACAGCCCUGCUCCUUCCA